UCUGCCUGGACAAAAACACUACGCUAGCAGACAGACAGACAGCUGCACGUGUUUACUGUUAACGGCUUGUUUAACGGCUGUGAAAUGCACGGUAAUGAUACUGAAGCUGUUGAGAACAGCGCUGAAAAGCAGCGUAAGAGUCGCUUCCUUGACGCUUUCUACAAGCUAGCCGAUACAAAAUUGGAAUAUCGUGUUAGUGGUGCUGAAACCGUCAUCAAGGAGCUGGUGAAGUCAUCGGAAGAGUCUGACACUUCCAAUAAGCUGCAGUACACGAUCGAGCGACUGAUCAAGGGCCUUCCAUCGACACGAAAGUGCGCCCGUGUUGGAUUUGCCGCAACACUUGUGGAGGUUCUUAGGACGUUCCCCGAUGUCAGUGCGGAACAAGUUCAAGGCUUCAUUCUCAAAAAUCUUCCUGAGGACACAAAGGAGGAUAAAAACCAUGUUAUCCUAGGACGCUGCCUUGCACUUGCCGCCCUCGUCCGUUCUGGGAAGGCAGUCGAAACAGCGGGCAGUGUUGCAAAGGAAGUGCUGGAACUUGGCACACGCUACAGUCACCUCCAGCUCAUGGCAUGCGACAUCUUUAAGGAACUUCUUAACCAGGUGAAUGAAAAGAAGUUCAAGAAGAAGGUGUGGCCUGAGUUGCAGGAAAUGUUGUCCUGUGGGUGGGAGGACUGUACGCCGCUCAAGCUCUAUGUUCUGGUCCAAGCAGCAUCCAGAUUCCCAGGAAUGGUGGAUGGAGCUUUUCUCCAAGAUAAUUGGGGUUGCGAUAGUAUUCUGGACAAGGCAAACUUCGCACACAUUGUGCAGAUACUUCAGAAAUCAACGGUUGUCCAUCCUAAUGUUCAUCCUGUCUGCCCAUUGAUCCUGCAAGCUGUCAUAACCACAAAAGGCUUCAAGAAGUUCUGGAAAAGCCUUGUGGAUGAGGGCCUCCUUACCUCACGUCGGGAGGAGCAGAUCUUCCUGGCUGUGCAGCUUGUCAAGUGGUGCCUGCCUCAGCUUACUACCCCAGAUAAGGUGGAAAUAGUCCUGUCUCUAGAGUUGAGGAAACAGGCAAUUCAUGCCCUGUCCAAUAACUGGCAUGUUUUGCAUUCCAUAAGCUGCAAUCUGGCACAGUUCUUGGUCGAGUUUGCAAAGAAAUCGGAGGAUGCACAAAUUCAAGUUGCCAUCCUGGGCUUCUUUGUGCAGCCGCCUGGCACCAUUCUGCUUGACCACAUCACAAAAAUGAAAGUCAUCCACGACCUGCUGAUCACAGCAAAGCCAGAGUGUGUCCAGUGGUAUGCAGAAUUCCUGAAAGAUAUUGCACGGCUAGAGGACAGGGAAGGGCCACAACAUCUUCUGAAACCUCAGCGUGAAGCCUUUGAACAGCUUUCGAACUUGCUUCACCUCCCAACCAUGGCUGCUGACAUGGACUUUAGGGCGGGCAUUGUUCACUUCCUGCUUGAUGCCUACACUGCAAGGGUCAUCAGCAAGAACAGCUCUCAAGGUGAAGCCGUGCGGAAGUUGUUUCAAAGUGCAGUUUUAAAGAGUAUUGUGCCCUUGAAGAAGACCAAGCUCACUGAAUUUGUGGACUUUCUUUCGGCACUUUUGCUUCGAAUCAAAGCUUCUUUAGGAGAUGGGGCAAGCACGGACAUCAAAAAGUGUCUCAAAAAGACCAAGCACACAUUGGAAAGGCUUGACUCUGCGGCUGGCCUGGACGAACCUGUGUCAACAGCUUUCAAGGUGCUCCUGCUGUACCUCACGAUCUUGACCGCACUGGGAAUCUCUGACGACCCCUCAUCUUUACAGGAGGUGUGCAGCUCUGUCCGAGAUCUGUUGAGCGACACAUCCGAGGCAGAGGAAGGCGCGGAGGAAGGGCACAAGGCGAAGUGGGUACAGCUUGUCGUGGACCUGGCGCUUAGCAUGCUGUCCAUGCAGAGCCUGCACGUGCGUGCCAUCGCCACAGCUGCAUUUGCACUCCUUCAUAACCAGCUGUCCGACGAGUCACUGGCCCUGCUGCUUGAUGUCUUUUCUCCGAAAAAAAGUGGUGAUGAGAAGCAAGAAGAAGACAGUGAUGCUGAUGAUGAAAUGGAUGAUGGUGGUGCUGAAGAUGGCGUGGAGUCUGAGAGUGAAGAAAGUGAUGAAGACAGUGAAAUGGAAGGCGAAGAGGACUGCAAUCCAGAUGAGGAACUGAGGUCAAGACUAAGGGCAGCAUUGGGAAAUGCAGCUGCUGAUGACGAAGAUUCGAGUGCUGAGGAGGUUGUGCCAACAGAUGAACAGAUGUUUGAGCUAGACGGGGCCAUUGCAGAAGCAUUUCGAGGUAGACUACGGCCUGCCAACAAAGAGAAGAGCAAAGAACGGACAGUCGGCAUUCAUUUUCAGACCAGGUGCCUGAACCUCCUGAAUGGCUAUGUCAAGAGUGGUGUGGCUCCCCUGCAUCACCUUGUGAGAAUAGCAGAAACCCUGGUGAAGGCAUCGUCCUCAAGUGCACUGAGAGGCAGCCACGAAACCCUCAACGUCAUCUCUGACACUUUGCACAUAAUUAGUGGCACACGAAAGUUUGGCGCCAUUUUGGAUGUCCGCAGUGAUGUUGAGUCUCUCACGUCCACUGUGAUGGAGCAAGUGACUCUGGUGUCGCAUGUUGGGAUGAAGAACUCAUUGAGCGCCUUGUGUGCAUUCUUGGUUCGCUGCCACAAGAAAAUUUGCAGUGAAUUGGCUGUCAAGAAGGUUGACAAGCUUUGGUACAUGCCACUAUACAUGAAGACGCUCGACUCCUACUUGGAUGAAAACUCUCAUAUCAGCCCACAGCUUUUUGUGAAGCUUAUGGAGGCAUUUCCUGAACACUGUGACGACUUUAUUGAGCACCUUGUGCCACGUGCAACGGACUGUGCUGAACGCAACUACAAGAGACUGCACAUUCUUGGACUCCUUGUUGCAGCUCUACGAAUUGUGCAGGUGGAUGCCAGCUCUAAAGAGAAGUUGACUCCAGCACUGGAAGCAUUGAGUGAACUCUCAAUAAAGCUCCUGACUGAGAUGGCAGAGAAGAGCGACCCCAAACAACACCUGCUGGUCGAACUGUGUGACCUGUUGCUGUUGGUUGCCAAGCAGUGUGCCAACAUCGGCAUGGAGUGUCCCAUUAGAGGCAACACUGGGCUUGAACAGUCACUGACGUCCCUGAGGAGUACUAAAAUGGGCAAGAGAAAGCCACUCAAGAUGAAGCUUAGUGCCCUUCUCAAAGGUGUUCAGACGAGUAGUGGGAACACAAGUGCAAAGUCUGCGAAAUCCGAGAAGAGGAAAUCAACUGGACUAAACGGCAAUGCCACACCGAAGAAGCGUACAAGAAAAUCUUGAAGCUUUAGUAAAUGUGCAUCUAGGCUGCA